GCUGGACCUGGAUUUCAUCCAGGAGCUGGAGGUGUUUGACUGGUUCCAGGCCCUGUCAGAGCAAAGCCUGUUUGCCACCCAGCCGGGAAGGAUCUGCAACCCGUGCAGCCUCAAGCUGGCCUGCUGCCACUGGGCCUUCUCCCCAUGGCUGCCUGCAGACACCACUGCACACGCUGGAGAUCCGCUCCUGUAUGCUUCCGGACACCGACAUCACCUACUUGUCCCAGAGCUUUCACACCACCCACCUGAAGAAGCUGGAUCUGAAUGGCAACAGCCUGUCCCACAUGGUCCCUGGGCCCUUAGAGACCCUGCCAGAGGAGGCAUCAGGGACGCUGCAGCACCUGGACCUGAACCACUGCCAGCUGAAGGACGCCCACCUCAGCACCAUCCUGCCGGCCCUGUGCCGCUGCUCCUGCCUCAGCUCCCUGGGCCUCGCCGACAACCCCGUCUCCAGGGCUGGCCUGCUGAGCCUGCUGGAGCACACGGCAGGGCUGAUGGAGCUGAAGCGCGUGCUCUACCCCAUCCCGGUCGAGUGCUUCGUGUACCUGUACGGCCUCUCCAGGGGCCCUGUCAACCAAGAGAAGCUGUGCCAGGUGCAGGCUGAGCUGCAGAAGCUGCUGCAGGCCCUGCAGCAUGCUGACAUGCAGUGGAUGCCCCCCUUGCCCUUGCCCUGGAGGCUGGAGCAGCUCUACUGAGGGACCAGGGAACUGUGGUGGGAAAGGGCAGCUGGAAGCACAGCUGGGGCCACAGAUUGUCUGUUGGGUCCAUGUUGUUUGAAGGGGACACAAAGGAAAUUUCCACGAAACUGUCUGGUACUUUCCUCUCUUCUGCAUCACUCUCCUUCAUCUGCAUCAGGCUUCCAGUUCAGAGUCCCGGCCAGGCUCAAACAUUCAUUCACUCCACACACAUCAAGGCUCUACUAUGCGUGUGCGGGUACCAGCUGAGGUGCUGGGUGUGGAAAGACACCAGAGGCCCGGCCCUCCUCGGGGAGCACUCCCUUGACUCAGCUCAUCCUUCUGGCGGCGCACUCUGUUUCCCUUUAUUGUUUUUUGAUUCUGGGUGGAAUGAAAUUGAGCCUUGUCUGACUUCCCCAACUUCAGGUCCUCCUCUGUGCACCAAGGGUCAGAGGAGCUCAGGGGGUGUUGGGAGACUGGAAUGAGGCAUGCACACAUAUGGCGCUCAACCCAGAGACGCAUCUAGUCAGCUGGUCAUCACUGAGCAUGUGCUGGGCACCAGGUGCUGCUGUCCUCAGAAGGGCAUUUAGAAGGCCCAAGAUAGCCACAUUGAGGGCAAGGACGUGUCCAAUUAGGACGUCAGGUGACAGGGCAAAGUCAGAGAAGAACCAGGAGUGGCUCUUCCAGCUGGUCAAAGAAGGUACCUCCGGAUGGGAGACAUGGAGCUGAGGCUGAAAUCUGCUGAAGGAGAUCUGGAGCGACGCAUCCUGGGAAAGGCACAGCAGGUGCAGUGGCUGAGAUGUGGGCCUGCGUUGGCCAAAACGGCCUGAGAGCUGAGGUCAUGACAGGAGGUGAGAUGUACCCAGGCCCCCAGCACCACGUGGGUAGAAUGCAAUCAAGGCUGGUGCGGUUAGAGCCCCGAGGAGGAGGCAGGAGAACUCCUGAGUGACUGAGACACGUGCAGGAGGUGCCCUGAAAGACCUGGACCAAACUGCCACGCAGGGCCAGGGAGCGCCGGACAGUUACGGCCAGGUGGGAGAGGUUUACAGAGCAGCUGGCGGGCUGCACAGCCCGCUCCCCAGUAAGCUGGGAAGGAACGGACCUUUGUUCCAUCCCCUGGCCUGUUUGUUCCCUUCUGCUUUUCUCUCCUCACUGAAGCUCCCUCGUGGGCCUUCUGGCACCACGCAUGCAACCCCUGGAGUCAAAGACGGAUCGGGGAGCCAGACGUAGUGGGAAGGGCCCUGGUGCAUCACUCGCUCCAUGCUGCUUCCGCCCAGAUGAGGGAGCUCCCCCUGCUCCCUUGUCCCCGCUGCCCUGAACCCAGUAGAUGGCUCCCAUGAUUCCUACGCAGGGCAGGAGAGGGGCUGUGCCUGGGACACAGCAGUGGCCCCGCCUUCUCUUCACACGUGGCAGGCCAGUUCAGAGACCGAGCAGCAUCUCCCAAAGCCUGCCAGCGGUGGUGAUUUUCACAUUAUCCAUUUAUUCCACAAAUACUUGCUAAGUGGUUACUAGGUGACGGGUACUGUUGCAAGAGCCGGAUAGAGCAAAAAUUACACCAAGUCCCUGCUCUGGUGUAAACAAACAGGCUCGCGAAUAAGUGGCGUGAUUUCAGGCGAGGGAGUCAGGGCGCAGGUGAGGUGGGUGCUAAAGGGCCUGUUGGAGACAAAGCAUCAAGCAAGGUCUGCCUAGGGGAGAAGCUGGGUGUGAGCGAGAGGCAACCACCUGUCCUGCCUGGGCAUUUGAGCAGAGACCCGGAUGGGGGCAACCCUCCAGGCAGAGGAACAGAAGAGUGCUUGUUGGAGGAAUCUUGUGACACAAAAAGGAGAUGGGCCUUGAUGCACAUCCGUGCUGUGCUGAAAAUUCAGAUGCUUCCCCCAAUCUAGACUAUAGGUAACAGCCUCUAAUCCCACCCCACUUGCCCCUCUCUGGGUGUGGCCAUGCGCACGUGUACUCAGUGCAGUUGAUCCAUGCAUUAUUACCAGAGCGUGUUGAGAUCUCGUCACUUCUUGUGGGCACCUUCUGGGCACGUGGCUUUCCAACAGUGUCAGGGCUCCAGUGCUUCCCUCCUUGUCCUGCCCCCUUGUCCUGCCCACUUUCUCUUUGCCUCAGAAGUGUUGCUAUUUACUCAGGUACUCGCUUCCAUAGUAUCUGUACCAAAUUUCCCCAAGAUUAUAAGACCUUCCUGCUGCAGCCUGACCACUUGAGAGUUUGUUUGAGGGUUCCUCACAGUCUAGGCUGAGGAACAAACCUAGCAUCAGGAUUGGGCAAGCUGGCUCUGUGACUUGUGUGACCUAUUUGUGCCUCAGUUUUCUCAACUAUGGAAUUUAAGAAUUUUGAAUCACAAGGUUAAUCAUAGUCCCUGCCUCACAGAAUUACACGUGUUAAAUAAGUUAUAUUCUUAGAAGGGUUACAUGCUGAGAACGUUGCCUGGCAUCUAAUAAACCCUCUUAGAAAAGGGACUUUUCAAGGUCUCAUACCCAAUAGUAGUGGUCAGCGGUGCCUGGCUGGGAGGCUUGCUGGGAAGACUCAGCAAGAUAAGCUGUGCAAAACCUUCGGAAGAGUGGUGGCCACGUAGGUCCUUUUCAGUAAGUGCUGAUUUCCUUUCCCAUCUUGGUUCAGAGUGGAUGGUCCACGGCUGGGGGGUCCCUAGGAUGAAGUGGCAGGUAGCCUCAUGUCAGACCUCAGUCAGGAGAGGAAAUGAAGGUGGAGGAGAAAGCCGAAGGUUUCAGGUGGAGUGGAGGAAGAGAAUGGCGUGUCCGCUAUUGCUCUAGAGAAGCGGUGCUGUAGUGGGCGGUGAGCUCUGGGCCAGGGCCAGAUCGUCUAUUUCUGAAGAUAUUCUCUGCUUCCAUCAUCCUCGCAACUCUGUAGUGUCCCCACUGCACCUGCCCACAGCCACUUCCAAACACAUAGGGGCCCCAGAGACUCCAGCUCCCCAGAAACUCACAGCCGAGGAAGCAGGCGCUGCCUGCUCCCCGUGCACCCUGGAAUGCCACAUACACCGUCGCUGCUGAGACACUGUGCGUCUUGCAUCAUUAGGGGCUGUAAAGAAAAAACGCUCGUGUUUCUCCUCUCCUACUUACACAGAACACUUCUGUGAGCAGGGAUGUGGCUUUUCCCCCCAUGCUGACCAGUUCUCCAACACCAGCCAGAUGUCCUACAAUUCAAUUCAGUUCUGUCACUACCCGGAGUUAGCGUCAGAUCCCACAGGUUAAGGACUCUGUCCCACAAGACUGCCCCACUACAGAUGCCAAUCACAAGCCCCAGGUUGUCACCUGUAUGCCUGACCAAUUGGCUAUAAAUUGAGAUUCCCACAACCCCCUCCUCAGUUUGAUAAUUUGCUAGAAUGGCUCCCAGAACUCAGGGAAACACAUUUACCAGUUUAUUAUAUAGUAGAGGAUAUGAUAAAGGAUGUGGAUGAACAGCUAGAUGAAGAGAUACACAGGGCUAGGUCUGGAAGAGUCCCAAGCACAGGAGCUUCUGUCCCCGUGCAGUUGAGGUGCACCACCCUCAUGGCACAUGGAUGUCUUCACCAACCCAGAAGCUCUCUGAACCCCAUACUUUAGGGAUUUUUAUGGAGUUUCACCAUGUAGGCAUGAUUAUUAACUCAAUCUCCAGCGCCUCUCCUCUCCUCAGAGGAGUGGGGUUGGAGCUGAAAGUUCCAUGCUUCUAAUCAUGGCUUGGUCCUUCUGAUGACCAGCCCCCAUCCAGGCGCCCACCAAGAGUUGCCUCAUUAAACAAAAGAUGCUCCUGUCACCCAGGAAAUUUCAAAGGAUUUAGGAGUUCUGGGUGUGGAACUGGAGUGAAAAACCAAAUAUUAGCAGGAACCAGGGGCAGAAACCAAUACAUAUAUUUCUUAUUAUUUCACAGGGGUGUUGCUCACGCUCUAGGGAUGAGAGUACCAUCUGGCAAAGUCAGCCGGGGACAUAUAAGGAAGUAUUUGAGUAAUGAACUUGUGGAUGGGUCUUUCAUUUAAGCCCUGAUUCUUGAUUGUUGGAAACAUGAAACCAACAUGAUUAUCAAAGUAGUGGUGACCAGGCCUUGAGUGCUCACUCUCUGUCCUUCACCGUGCUAUGUAUUUUAUAUACAUUUUCCGAGGUACCACAGAUCACUAGAAAGUAAGCCACAGGAGGGCAGAGGUUUUUGUCUAUUUCAUUCACUGCUGCAUCCACAAGGCCUGGCAAUUAGUAGGUGCUCAAAUAAAUAUUGGAUGACGGUGAGAAUCAGAGAAGAGGUGAAUGGAUAGAUGUUGGCCAACGUGGUUAACAUGGUGAGCCCUCAGGGCUGUCCCUUCUGCCAUUUCCGCUGAUCUCAUGCUCCUGUCUCAGCCUUUUGUACCUUCGUAUUAGCUGGUAACAUUUUAUCUCUCCAUUCUCUACUCAUUUUCCCUGACAUUAUUCUUGUUUAUUCUUCCACAUGAAAACACAAUUAUUUGGUCAUGUUCUAAAAUUACCACUACAAGUAUUACUUCUCAAACUAAGAAAAAAUUAUGAAGAAUUUAAAUCUACACUGUUCAUUGUUCCAUACAGUAAUAUGGUUUGCUAUUCUUUUCAUUUCACUAGGUUAAAAAAUGACUAUUUAUGUUGGCCCCUCGUUUAUCACGAAGAUAUCCUUAGAUAUUUGAGGAGGGGCAGGGAGGUAGCUCCUGGUGCAGAGGAUUCAUUUUUGCCUCAUUUGUUUACGUGAGUUUUUGCCAAUGUUCACAGAAUAUGCCGGCCGUGCUGGGGGGGUCUUCUGUUCUUGUUGUGCAGAAAGGACCGUGAAGACGAUCUCGAGCCGGGUCGCAGGAGAGGGUCCCGAGAUGUCUUUCUCCAGAGCCCCCGGCACCAUGUGGGCUUCUGUGACUCUUUCAGUCCCACCCACUUCUGGGGGUGGCACUGGAACAAUGUGACAGAAGUCUCCUGCUCAGAUGGGAGGAGGAAGGCCUCAGCACACAGCCAAGCAAUGGCAUGUUCCUUAAUGCAGUCUUUUAUUCUGUUUUCAAAUUAAUAGUCCACCACAAAUGCCAUUUUAUUCAAAUGUCAAAAAGUAAUUUUGAGGUCUGGCAUAACAUUCCAUUAUACCAAAUACCCCAGUUUAUUUAAGAAUUCCCCUAGUUUUGUUCGUUUCAACCCAUGCUGUCUACUCGGGUAGCCGUCAGCCACGUGUGGCUGCCGAGCACUGGGAACGUGGCUAAUCUGAAUUAAGAUGUGCUGUACGUGUGAAAUACACACUGGAUUUCAAAGAUUUAGAAUGAAAAAAAGAAUGUUAAAUAUUUAAUUACUAUUUUAUAUUUAAUUUGAAUAAAUAUUUAAUUAUUUAAAUAAAAUAUUUACUAUUUUUAUAUCAAUUACAUGUUGAAAUGAUGAUAU